AUGUCGACACAAUAUGACGCGAUUGGCCAGAAAUACAAGUCCAUGUCAGACUUGCCGUCUCAAGCACCAGAAAAGCCGAGUGUCCUGAACGUCCUUGGCGAUGUCGAAGGACUCAAUUGCCUGGAUCUCGCUUGUGGAUUGGGCCGCUGGUCUCACACUCUCCUAGAGCAAGGCGCAGCACAUGUGACCGGAAUUGACAUAUCAGCGGGUAUGAUCGAUUCGGCGAGAGCAUCGCUCAGAGACCUUCCAGAAUCGCAAAGAGCGAAGGUCGACUUCCAGGUCGGAGACUGCGGCAAGCCUUUUGCAGCGCCACAUGGGCCAUUCGAUGUGACACUCGGUGUAUGGUUUCUGAAUUACGCUUCGAAUUACGAGGAAAUGGCCUCUAUGUGGCAGAACAUCGCGGCAAACCUCAAGCCUGGCGGGCGAUUCGUGGCGCUGACGUCAAAUCCCUUUGUAGGCCUUGAAGCACCGUUUGACGAUCGCUACGGGAUCGAUCUCACAACACUCGGUAGAACAGAGGAAGGCGGGUGGAAAUGUAGAGUCACUGGCUAUACGCAACCGGAGCCUGUCGAAUUCGAGAACUAUCACCAACCAGAAGAAGUCUACGAGAGGGCUGCAGCCGAAGCCGGCAUGCAGAAUCUGACAUGGCGGUCCCACGUCUUGCCAAACGACGGACGACCAGAGGGCUACUGGGACGUUUACAAUCUGAGACCUCAUUACAGCCUCUUGACAGCGGUCAAACCGGAAUAG